AUGCCCGCCAAGUCCGCUGAAUCUGCCGGCCGCGACUCGUCUGAGGCAGGCUUAUCUGAGGGCGGUGUAUCUGAGGGUGGUUUAUCCAGUGGAGGUGGGUAUUCUGGUCUCACUGCUCCUGCCAGGGAGGAAUCGGAAUCUUUGGAGGAGUUCAGAGUGGUUGGUAAGGGCGGGAAGGUCAAAGGAGGCGACAAGGGGGAGCCGGUGGAGCUGGAGACACGUGGCGUGCAGGGACUGGCGGAGGAGGAAGGAGCUGCUGCACGUGAGACCAAGGCAGGAGGGGGGAAAGCGCAUGAGCGUGCUUCCGGGUCUGAGGAGGAAGCUUUGGAGAAGGCUGGAGAGGUGCCAAAGGGGGAAGCAACAACGGAGCAGGAGGAAAAAGCUCUGGCUGGGGAGAAAAAGCGCGCAGGGGAGAAGGGGAAAGUAGGGGCAGGGGUGGAGCAGAAAGAGGGGACAGGGGUGGAGGCGAAAGAGGGAGUUGGGGCAAAGGAAGAAGAGGGGCCAGGGGAAGGGCCAGGGGCGGGAUCUGCUGUCAUGCGCGGAGUGGAUAAGGGGGAAGUUGCGGGCGGGCGCACUGGUGGUGGGGGCGCGGAAGGGGGGAUUGAGGCGCAGGAGACUGCUGGGUGGAAGGCGGAGAGGGGGGGUGAGGAGGUGAGGCGGCUGGAAGAGGGGGUGGGGAAAAUGUCGCUGGGGGAGGGGGGGGGCGCAGCAGAGAAGGGGGGAAACGGCGGGUGGGAAAGGGGCAGAAGGGGAAGGGGCGGGGGGAAAGGGGAUGCGCGGAGUGGAAGAGGGGCUGCAGAGGCUGACGGUUUCGGACAUUGGGGGGAUGAGAGGGCGCGGUGGGGAGGGGGAGGAGUCAAUGGCAGGCGCGCAGGGUGGGAAGGCAGGGAAGUGUCUGGUCAAGGUGGGGAGAGCAGUGGGGAGGAACGGAAGGAAGGUGGGAAGGAGGGAGGUGGGUUGGAGGUGGGGGGGGCAGAAGGUGGGGGUGGGGUUGUGGUGGGUGGCGGGGUUGUGGAGAGGGCGCAGGAUGUUGCCACGUCAGCAUGGACCAGCUCCACUGGAGCAAUUGCAGAUACUGUUAAGGUGCUGGGCUCCCUCACUGGAUUCGCCCCCACCAGUACCGAGGUGCCGGCCAAUGCUGCCCGAGGCUCAGGUGGUGUACAGGAGCGUACCGCGCAAUCCCAGGAGGAGUAA